GGGAGUACCGGUGGGUUCUUUGUUUCUAUCCUAGGUCUUCAGAGUUGGUGGAGGAUGGUUGUCUGUGCCUAUGUGGGUUUCAGGGAUUUGUGUAUGAAAUGCUGAGUGCACAUCACAUUGGUGUCCUGGGAAAAAAGUGUUCUUUCAGUAAUUUUAAAAUUGAAGUCUGUAAUUUUAUUCCCUCCCCAAAGACCCACCCUAACCAAAUAAAGUGAACAUGGCCUCAAGUUGUUACUGUCCUUCUAGUAAAGAGUAAACUCCGCACAGGUCUCUGGGCCUUCCUCCACCUUGUUCCUCCAAUUCCCAGUGUUCUCUCUGCUCUGCAGCUGGCUCAAGGUGCUUCGGCCUCAGCACUGUCUUGUGGGCUUUUAGCCUUUUUUUUAGGAGAGGGGCUCCAGCUGUUUAGUGUGACCCCUUAGCUGCUAGGCUUCCCAUCUUUCAUGCCUUCCCUGAGUGCACGAUUCCUUGCACUUCUUGUGCAUGUUGCUCUGUGGGGUAGAUGCUUACCACAUUUCUUGGGAAAGUCAGUGGUCUGUGGAACGGUUCCUGUGUCCACAGAAGCAUUGUCAACACAGCACACCUGUGCACUAAUUUUAAGGAGAGUCACAUUAUUUACUUUCAUAAAAUCAGAGACAUUGAAGUUGAUGCCAGGGCUGGGGUGUGACUCAGUGGUAGAGCACUCCCCAGCACGUGCGAAGCCCUGGGUUCCAUCCUCAGCACCACAUAAAAAUAAAUAAAACAAAGGUAUUGUGUCCAACUAAAACUAAAAAAAUAUAUAUUAAACAAAACAUGAUGUCAGUCCAUCUGGUUAGUGAAGUCUGAGAUUACUCUGCCCACAUCAGCUAAUGAGCUGAGGGUGCUUAUUUUCAAGAAGAUACAACAAUAUUUUGUUCAAUCUACUGCAAGGUGCUUAAUACAAUAGGAAAAGUGAGACCCUUGCUAGGUGGCUUUCAGAGUGUGCUCCACAGUGUGGUCAGUGUCUGGUGUGGCGGCGGCUCACCUUUAGCAGCCUCUUCCUGCACAGUGUCUCUGCUACCCCUCCUUACCGCAUGUGUACUGGCCUCCGAGCUGCUGCCUAGAAGAUGGUGCUUGUGAUGAGUGUACAUGAUGGAGAGGUCCCAGGGACGGUUCUGAGGCAGCAGGGGCUUUGAUACUUGGCUCAGAGUCAAAGAGGCAUUGUCAAGGCAACUUGGUUUAGUUACUUUUUGGUCAAGCAAAUUUUAUUUAUUUUUUUAACCUUUAUUUUAUUUAUUUAUUCAUUUUUAUGUGGUGCUGAGGAUCGAACCCAAGGCCUCGCAUGCGCUAGGCAAGCGCUCUACCGCUGAGCCACACCCCAGUUCUGGUCAAGCUAAUUUUCAAUGUCCAGCAAAUCGCAGCUUGGGAAAGGUUCAUAGGAAGCUUCUCUUCACCCGAGGACUCUAUCCACAGUUAUCUGUUUGCAAAGAACUCCAGCUGCCACCUAGCGAUUUCCACUGGAGUGCUGACCUGGUGGCCCUGUCCUUCUCCGCUCCCUCAGGUGAAGCGCAUUCCAUUCAGGCCGUUGCUGUCAUGGUUGCCACUAGAGAAGGGUCCAUCCGCUACUGGCCAAGUCUCGCUGGGGAGGACACCUACACAGAAACAUGCGUGGACUUGGGAGGGGACAAGAUCUGCAGGUUCCUCACGGCAGUCAAGGGAGGAAGCUUCGUCUUGUCCUCUGCAGGGAGCCAGCUAAUUCGGUUGAUACCUGAAAGCUCGGGGAAGAUCCAUCAGCAUGUCUUGCCACAGGGGCAAGGCGUGCUUUCAGGGAUUGGUCGGAGGGUUUCCUCCCUUUUUGGAAUUUUGUCUCCUAGUAGUGAUCUCAUGCUUGCAGGUGUUUUCUGGGACAGAGAAAGCUCCAGCUUCUACAGCCUCACCAGCUCAAAUAUCAGUAAAUGGGAGUUGGAUGAAUCAUCAGAAAAGCAGGCAUACAGCUGGGAUGUGCACCGAGCCCUGAAGGAGAACGUCACCGAUGCUAUCUGGGGAUCUGAAAGUAACUAUGAAGCUAUUAAAGAAGGGGUCAACAUUCGGUAUUUGGACUUGAAGCAAAACUGUGAUGGGCUCCUGAUUUUGGCAGCUGCGUGGCAUCCUGCAGACAACCCCUGCCUGGUCUAUUACUCCCUUGUGACAGUGGAAGAUAACGGCUGCCAAAUGUCAGAUGCAAUUACAGUAGAAGUCACUCAGUACAAUCCACCUUUUCAGUCUGAAGACUUGGUCAUAUGCGGGUUGAUGGUCCCAGACUCUUCAAGCCAGACCGCCUACCUGUACACUGAGAAUGCUGUCCACGUGUGCACCACUGGGACUGGGAAGUUUUCUCUCCCUCGAGAGAGAAUCAGCUUCAAUUCACAAGGAGAUGGCAUCCUGGGCGCGGGCUCCUGUGGCGGCAUUCCCCUCCUGUUCUCUAGAAACAGCGGGCUGGUGUCCAUCACUUGCAGGGAGAGUGUGUCCCUGCUGGCAGAAGAGCUGGAGGAGUCGUUGGCGUCUUCAGUUGCUGGACCAAGCAGUGAUAGCAUGGUCUUUGAGACUACCAUGAAGAAUGGGACAGUAGCCCAGGAAGACAGGACCAAGCUGCUGAAAGCUGCUUUUCUGCAGUACUGCAGGAAAGACUUGGGUCAUGCUCAAAUGACGGUUGACGAGCUGUUUUCCUCCCACUCCGACUUGGAUUCUGACUCUGAGCUGGACAGGGCUGUUACCCAAAUCAGUGUAGAUGUGGUGGAUGACUACCCAGCCUCUGACCCUCGGUGGGCUGAGUCUGUUCCUGAAGAGGCACCUGGGCUCAGCAACACCUCCCUGAUCAUCCUCCACCAGCUGGAAGACAAGAUGAAAGCCCAUGGCCUCCUGGUGGACUUCUUACACCAGGUUGGCCUAUUUGGGCGUCUUCGCACAUCUCCAGUCAGAGGGACACCAAUGGCAACCCGCCAGCUGCUCUGUGAACACGCGGAAAAGCUGUCUGCAGCAAUUGCUCUCAAGAACCACCACUCACGGCGGCCAGACCUCGUGAACACUGCCAUCCAGGCAGCGCUGAGCAAGAGGGAGCGGGAAAUCCCACCCAGCCUGACACCUGCAGAUGUCUUCUUCCGUGAGGUGUCCCAGGUGGAUACCAUCUGCGAAUGUCUGCUGGAGCACGAGGAACAGGUCCUGAGGGACAUGGCGCUGGACUCUCUCGAGUGGGCAGAGGUGGCCAUUGACGUCAACACUGUUCUCAAGGACAUGCUGCAGGCUGCUAGUCAUUAUCGCCAAAAUCGAAGCUCCUUUUACAAGAGAGAAGACGCAGGAGGAAAAGAACCGGAAUAUGUCCCUUGGACAGCAACAAGUGGGCCCGCUGGCAUUCGAACCACUAUCGUGCGCCAGCACGGGAUCAUCCUGAAGAUUGUCUACCCGCAGGCGGACAGCAACCUCCGCAACAUCCUAAUGGAGCAACUGGUUGCACUGAUUGAUUGCUUCCUAGAUGGCUAUGUUUCACAGCUGAAGUCUCUGGAUAGGUCCAGUGACCAGGAGAGAUAUAACAGCCUGGAAAUGGAGUACCUACAGAGACGCUCAGACCUCUUGUCUCCUCUACUCACGCUGGGCCAGUACUCAUGGGCUGCUUCUCUAGCAGAGAAGUACUGUGACUUUGACAUCUUAGUACAGUUGUGUGAGCAGACUGACAACCAGAGCAGGCUCCAGCGCUACAUGACUCAGUUUGCUGAUCAGAAUUUUUCAGACUUUCUCUUCCGUUGGUAUCUGGAGAAAGGAAAGCGGGGCAAGUUGUUGUCUCAGCCUGUUUCUCAACAUGGACAGUUGGCAAGUUUUUUGCAAGCUCAUGAACAUCUCAGCUGGCUACACGAGGUUAAUAGCCAAGAGCUGGAAAAGGCUCAUGCAACGCUUCUGGGUUUGGCAAAUAUGGAGACUCGUUAUUUUGCCAAGAAAAAAACACUUCUUGGCUUGAGUAAAUUGGCUGCAUUAGCUUCAGACCUUUCAGAGGAUGUACUGCAAGAAAAAAUUGAAGCAAUGGCUGAGCAGGAGCGCUUCCUGCUGCACCAGGAGACCCUGCCUGAGCAGCUUCUGGCAGAGAGACAGCUGCGCCUCGGUGCCAUGCCCGUGCUGACAGCUCCACAGCUCAUCAGUCUGUACAUCUGUGAAGAAAACAGAAGAGCCAACGAGUAUGAUUUCAAGAAGGCUCUGGACUUGCUCGAGUAUAUCGAAGAGGAUGAAGAUGUGAACAUUGACGACCUGAAGCUGGAAAUCCUCUGCAGAGCCCUGCAGAGGGACGACUGGUCCAGUUCAGAUGGUAAAGAUGAUCCAAUCGAAGUGUCUAAAGACAGUGUCUUUGUGAAAAUCCUGCAGAAACUUUUAAAAGAUGGCGUCCGGCUCAGUGAGUACCUGCCAGAGGUGCAAGGCCUGCUGCAGGCAGACCAGCUGGGAAGCCUCAAGUCCAACCCGUACUUUGAGUUUGUUUUGAAAGCAAAUUAUGAAUAUUACGUCCAGGGACAAAUGUAAAGUGUUCUACAACUGGUCACUUUCUAAGAUCUGUACAAAUGUGUCCUUAUAAAAUUUGAGGCCUUAAACACUGGGGAGCUUGUGCACUAUGGUAGCACGUGCAGCAGAACUUUCUCUGUGCUGUAUUUGGAAGCUGAUAUAAUUUGCUGUACUGUGAUUUUGGCUUUAUCAGUUGUCUGUGCACUUACUGCCCUUUCUCUUCAUUAUUUUGUGGUACUGGAGGUUGAAUGCAGGGAUGCUAUACCACCAAGCUACAUCUCCAGCCUUUUUUAUUUUCUUAAUUAUUUAAAAUUUUGAGAUGGGGUUUCCCUAAGUUGCCUGGGUUUGUUGUCAUCCUGCCUCAGUCCCUGAGGUGCUGGGAUCAUAGGCCACCAUGCCCAGCUGACCCUCUCUGUUCUCUGUAACGUGGUCCAGUGAGUUUUGUGGCUCUCAUCCUUGUUCUGGCUGCACGUGCACACAUCACUUCUAGGCCUCGGGGUCCAUGACCCUUAAAAGUGAGGAGGGCCCUAGAGUAUCUCUGAUGUUUAUGACACUGGAGAGGAUCUGGGGUGUUUGACUUCUAUUUUGUUUGGGACUAGUGGGAAAUACCUGUCUAGCAAGAUAAAUGUCAUAUUUUACUGACUUAACAGAAUUAAAAGCAAAAAAACAAUG